AUGUUCGUCAGAUCGCUCAGAACCGCCAGCCUAAAGGCCCCAGCUCGCCUACUCCCUGCCAGAGUGAGCCUUGUGACUCCUCUCAGACACUACUCCAAGUUUUCACCUGAGCGUAGAAAAGCGUCUAAGAAGGCGAAGCAGAGCUCUGAGGAGUCUUCAGAAGAAAAGCCAAAGAAGACUGAUGCUGUGAAAUCCGCAAAGGGCUAUAUGCUUGGUGCCUUGGCUUUGUUGGUUAUUGCUUCUACCAUUGGUGCUUCUGUUUACACUACCCAUGAUCCAAGACUGGCUCCAGAGCCUACGCUUCCUGCCCAGGCUCCAGAGGAGACCAAGUCGAAGGAUGAAAAGAAAGCUGCUGCUCCUGCUUUCAGUGAUAAAGACGUUUCUGUUAUUUUCGUCUUGGGCGGUCCUGGUUCAGGAAAGGGUACUCAGUGUGGAAAGCUUGUUGAGGAGAAAGGCUUUGUCCACUUGUCUGCUGGUGACCUUUUGAGAGCUGAGCAGGUUAGGGAAGGCUCCCUGGAUGGAGCCUUGAUCGCUAAAUGUAUCAGGGAAGGUACCAUUGUGCCUCAGGAAGUGACCGUUAGGUUGCUUAGAAACGCUGUGAGCGACAACGUUGCUCAAGGUAACAAUAAGUUCUUGGUCGAUGGAUUCCCUAGAAAGAUGGACCAGGCAUUGACCUUUGAGGACGAGAUCGUCAAGUCUGCCUUCACUCUUUUCUUUGAGUGUAAGGAACAGGUUAUGCUCGACAGACUUUUGGAGCGUGGUAAGACCAGUGGCAGAGCUGACGACAACAUUGAGAGUAUCAAGAAGAGAUUCAGAACUUUCAUCGAAACCUCCAUGCCUGUGGUUGACUAUUUCGACAAGCAAGGUAAGGUUGUGAAGCUCAGCUGCGACCAGCCUGUGGACGUUGUGUUCGGUAAAGUCAAGGAGGCUCUUGUGAAUAGAGGCAUUAACUAG